AUGUCACUACUGUUUCUGUUUGGCUGCAGCGGUGGUAUUUCGGACAGUGACGAUUCGCUGUGGGACACUGUGUGUGUGGCUGCCCAAGACAACAGUUUGGGCUUUUGGCUCAGGAUUGAGGCGCAAAGAACAAGGAACAUAUGUUGUAGACACAGUCGCCUUGUCGCCAAAAAGGUUAUCCAAAAGGUAUUGGAAUCUGCCUUGGCUAGCGCGAGUGAUGCUUUGGGAACGAGGCGUGCGCAAUGUGCCGUGACUGCCAGUUGCACGGAACGCAUUGGGUUACAUGCAAACGACAGAGAUCUGGCGAUCCGAUCGUGGACGGCGCGUGCCGUGUAG